ACACGCACACACGCGCGGAUCCGCCGCUGCCACUGCAGCUGCCAUGGACAUCAGCUAACACCGCACACCCAGGCGCGCGCUCCCACCCGCACGGCGCAGGAGUGGCCCCCGGCAUCCCUGCCCGCCGUCACCACCCCCACCCCACCCGCUCCCCGCUCCGCUACUGCUCGCUCGGGCCGCCGCCGCCGCCACUGCUCUCCGCUGCGGGGCCACAGCCUUGAGUGUCAUUCCAGGGACAGCACCACCUCACCCCAGCUCUCCUACCUCUGCCCAGCCGCCCCGCUCCUCCCUCCCCGUCCGCGUCCACACUCCAUCCCAAGAAGAGGGAAAGCGCCGAACAGAGGUGGGAGGAAAGCAAAGUCCGCUCUUCUCACCUCUGGGCCCCCCCGGCUCCUCCAUCCUCAUCCUCUCACCGCCCACACCCCUGCCCCGGAGGAACCCCUCAGGAACCGAGGCAACUCGCCCCACUGCCAUGUCCAAAAGCUUGAAAAAGAAAAGCCACUGGACCAGCAAAGUCCACGAGAGUGUCAUUGGCAGGAACCCGGAGGGCCAGCUGGGCUUCGAGCUGAAGGGGGGUGCGGAGAACGGCCAGUUCCCCUACCUGGGGGAGGUGAAGCCCGGCAAGGUGGCCUAUGAGAGCGGCAGCAAGUUGGUGUCGGAGGAGCUCCUGCUGGAGGUGAACGAGACCCCAGUGGCGGGGCUCACCAUCAGGGACGUGCUGGCCGUCAUCAAACACUGCAAGGACCCCCUGCGGCUCAAGUGUGUCAAGCAAGGAGGAAUUGUUGAUAAGGAUCUUCGUCACUACCUCAACUUACGAUUUCAGAAGGGUUCCGUGGACCACGAACUUCAGCAAAUCAUUCGUGACAACCUCUACCUCCGCACAGUGCCAUGCACUACAAGGCCACAUAAGGAGGGCGAGGUCCCCGGAGUGGACUAUAUCUUCAUCACUGUUGAAGAUUUUAUGGAAUUAGAGAAAAGUGGUGCUCUCCUAGAAAGUGGGACUUACGAAGACAAUUACUACGGUACCCCAAAGCCUCCAGCAGAACCAGCACCAUUACUAUUAAAUGUAACAGACCAGAUACUUCCGGGAGCCACUGCAAGUGCUGAAGGAAAACGGAAGAGGAAUAAAUCAGUGAGCAACAUGGAGAAAGCAAGUAUAGAGCCUCCUGAGGAGGAAGAGGAGGAGAGGCCUGUGGUCAAUGGAAAUGGAGUAGUAGUAACACCAGAAUCCAGUGAACAUGAAGACAAGAGUGCAGGUGCCUCAGGGGAGACACCCCCCCAGCCUUAUCCUGCACCAGUGUACAGUCAGCCCGAGGAGCUGAAGGAGCAGAUGGAUGAUGCAAAACCAACUAAACCUGAAGAGAAUGAGGAAUCAGACCCACUGCCUGACAACUGGGAAAUGGCCUACACAGAGAAGGGUGAAGUCUACUUCAUUGACCAUAACACAAAGACAACAUCAUGGCUGGACCCACGACUUGCGAAAAAGGCUAAACCUCCAGAAGAGUGCAAAGAAAAUGAGCUUCCAUAUGGCUGGGAAAAAAUCGAUGAUCCCAUAUAUGGCACUUAUUAUGUUGACCACAUAAAUAGAAGAACGCAGUUUGAAAACCCUGUCCUGGAAGCAAAACGGAAGCUACAGCAGCAUAACAUGCCCCACACGGAACUUGGAACCAAGCCCCUGCAGGCCCCAGGUUUCCGAGUAGACAACUCCUCAUCGACAAUACCUAGGCCCAAAGCCGGCCGCCCCCGCCCUGCCCCGGGGAGGUGGCGCAGCGUGAGUGACGUGUCCUAUUAUCCGCACAACCACGCCUGGAGGCCCUGGCCCUGGCCGACCGAAAAGCCGCUCUUCACCCGGGAUGCAUCCCAGUUGAAGGGGACGUUCCUCAGCACCACCCUGAAAAAGAGCAGCAUGGGAUUUGGCUUUACCAUCAUUGGCGGAGAUGAGCCCGACGAGUUUCUGCAGGUGAAAAGCGUGAUUCCGGACGGGCCCGCAGCACAGGACGGGAAGAUGGAGACGGGUGACGUCAUUGUCUAUAUCAGUGAAGUUUGUGUCCUUGGACACACCCAUGCAGACGUCGUCAAACUUUUCCAGUCGGUUCCUAUUGGUCAGAGUGUCAGCCUGGUGUUGUGUCGUGGCUACCCUUUGCCCUUCGACCCUGAAGAUCCUGCGAACAGCCUGGUGCCACCCCUUGCAAUAAUGGAGAGGCCACCUCCAGUCAUGGUCAACGGCAGACAUAACUAUGAAACGUAUUUGGAAUACAUUUCUCGGACCUCGCAGUCGGUUCCAGACAUAACAGAUCGGCCGCCUCAUUCUUUGCACUCCAUGCCAGCAGACGGGCAGCUCGAUGGCACGUACCCACCGCCUGUCCAUGACGACAAUGUGUCUAUGGCUUCAUCCGGGGCCACCCAAGCUGAACUCAUGACCUUAACCAUUGUGAAAGGUGCCCAGGGCUUUGGCUUCACUAUUGCCGACAGUCCGACCGGACAGCGGGUGAAACAGAUACUUGACAUUCAGGGAUGCCCUGGCCUGUGCGAAGGCGACCUCAUUGUUGAGAUCAACCAGCAGAAUGUACAGAACCUGAGCCAUACGGAAGUAGUGGAUAUCCUUAAGGACUGUCCCAUUGGAAGCGAGACUUCUUUGAUUAUCCAUCGAGGAGGUUUCUUUUCUCCAUGGAAAUCUCCAAAGCCUAUCAUGGACCGAUGGGAGAAUCAAGGCAGUCCUCAGACGAGUUUAUCUGCUCCGGCCAUACCGCAGAACCUGCCCUUCCCACCCGCUCCUCACAGGAGCUCCUUUCCUGACUCAACAGAGGCCUUUGACCCCAGGAAGCCUGACCCAUAUGAGCUCUACGAGAAAUCUAGAGCCAUUUAUGAAAGUAGGCAACAAGUGCCACCAAGGACCAGUUUUCGAAUGGAUUCCUCUGGUCCAGAUUAUAAGGAGCUGGAUGUUCAUCUUCGUAGGAUGGAGUCUGGAUUUGGCUUCAGAAUUCUUGGAGGAGAUGAGCCUGGACAGCCUAUUUUGAUUGGAGCCGUCAUUGCCAUGGGCUCAGCCGACAGAGAUGGCCGCCUACACCCUGGAGAUGAGCUCGUCUAUGUCGAUGGGAUCCCAGUGGCUGGCAAGACCCACCGCUAUGUCAUCGACCUUAUGCACCACGCGGCCCGGAACGGGCAGGUCAACCUCACUGUGAGAAGAAAGGUGCUAUGUGGAGGGGAGCCCUGCCCAGAGAACGGGAGGAGUCCAGGCUCCGUAUCAACCCACCACAGCUCUCCACGAAGUGACUAUGCCACCUACACCAACAGCAACCACGCUGCCCCCAGUGGCAGCGCCUCUCCCCCGGAAGGCUUCGCUUCCCACAGCCUGCAGACCAGCGACGUGGUCAUUCACCGGAAAGAGAACGAAGGCUUUGGCUUCGUCAUCAUCAGCUCCCUGAACAGGCCUGAGUCCGGAUCCACUAUAACUGUGCCCCAUAAAAUCGGACGCAUCAUUGAUGGGAGUCCUGCAGAUCGCUGUGCAAAGCUCAAAGUGGGAGACCGGAUCUUAGCGGUGAACGGCCAGUCGAUCAUCAACAUGCCUCACGCAGACAUCGUGAAGCUGAUCAAGGACGCGGGUCUCAGUGUCACCCUUCGCAUCAUUCCUCAGGAGGAGCUCAACAGCCCCGCCUCGGCGCCCAGCUCCGAGAAGCAGAGCCCCAUGGCCCAGCAGCACAGCCCCCUGGCCCAGCAGAGUCCUCUGGCCCAGCCGAGCCCAGCCACCCCCAACAGCCCUGUCACCCAGCCAGCUCCUCCUCAGCCACUGCAACUACAGGGACAUGAAAAUAGUUACAGGUCAGAAGUAAAAGCAAGACAAGAUGUGAAACCGGACAUCCGACAGCCUCCAUUCACGGACUACAGGCAGCCCCCCCUGGACUACAGGCAGCCCCCAGGGGGGGACUACCAGCAGCCCCCACCCUUGGACUACAGGCAACCUCCGCUGCUGGACUACAGACAGCACUCCCCCGACACCAGGCAGUACCCUCUGUCAGACUACAGGCAGCCCCAGGAUUUUGAUUAUUUCACCGUGGACAUGGAGAAAGGAGCCAAAGGAUUUGGGUUCAGCAUUCGUGGAGGAAGGGAAUACAAAAUGGAUUUGUACGUGUUGAGAUUGGCAGAAGAUGGGCCAGCAAUAAGGAAUGGAAGGAUGAGGGUAGGAGAUCAAAUCAUUGAAAUCAAUGGGGAGAGCACCAGGGACAUGACACACGCCAGAGCAAUAGAACUCAUCAAGUCUGGAGGAAGAAGAGCAAGGCUGCUGCUGAAGCGCGGGACGGGGCAGGUCCCAGAGUAUGACGAACCCGGCGCCUGGAGCGGUCCCGCUGCCGCCGCCGCAGGUCUGCAGGAAGUAGGCGCCCCCCUCGAGGACGUCCUCUCGCCAUUCUCUCCAUCGCAUCCAGCCCCACCCUCCGACCCUUCCCACCAGAGAAGCCCAGACCCGACUGGGGAGAUCCAAAGGGAGCACGACGUUAGGAAACCAAAGGAGCUGGCGGCCGGCGGCCAGAAGAAGCAGCGCCCGGGGGCGCAGAGGGAGCGCUCGGCCAGCCCGCGGAGGGCCGCGCGGCCGAGGCUCGAGGAGGCGCCCGGCGGCCAGGGGCGGCCCGAGGCCGGCAGGCCCCCCUCGGAGGCCCGGGCGCCCGGGCGCGCGGCGGCGGACGCGGCGGACACGGCGCGGGCCGGCGGGCCGGAGGGGCCCCGAGCCGCCACCGGCCCCGAGCUCGGCCGCCGCGAAGGCCCGGGCGCGGCGCCUGGGUUCGCGGGCCCGGCAGGCGGCGGCGGCGGCGCGCGGGAGGCCGAGGGCCGGGCGGGCGCGCGCGCGGGACCCCGGCCGGGCGCGCGGCCUCCGGGGGGCGCCCCUGCGCGCAAGGCGGCGGUGGCGCCGGGGCCCUGGAAGGUGCCGGGAUCCGACAAGCUGUCCGGGGUCCUCCAACCCGGCGCCUCGGCCGCGGGCAGAUGAGCCCCAGCCCGCCGCCCCGCCCGGACGCCCGCCGGCCCCGCUCCGGUCCGUCUGGGGCGUUUUAAUUUAUUGUCACUGUCACGCGCAUCGAUCCGCGCGCGCCGCGGCCUGGGGCGUCCACGCGCAGACCUAACUGAUCCUAAAGCCCCCGGUUCCGCUGGGGGGGCUUGGGCAGCUACGGAAGAACCAAAACAACGUGAAGAGCAUCACGGAGAGACAAUGCAGUGUAGCUUUAGUUUUAAAAAAAAGAAAGAAAGAAAGAAAAAAUAUUCCCCCACUGCAUGAAGGAUCUGGACGUCAUCCAAACUUUCUAUUCAAAAGACUGGACCGAUUAAGAGCAAUCACAAACUGGAAUAUCGCCUUAAAAUUCAAACUGCACGGAGCAAGCUGAAGCUGAGACAAGAUUAUAUCUUUUAAUUGAUCUAAAGAGUUGUAAAUAAAUCGUUCUUGACAUAUCUAGACAGGGGUUAAAAGGUUUCUUUGAAACAUUCGGAACUGUCCGCUCAUGCCGUUUCCAUGGCUCACCCGAGGCACCCAUCCUGGUGUGAGCAGCGACAUGCCCUGCGUAGCGCAGGGUGAGUUAGAGAUCUAGUGAAUUCAUUGGUAUGAUGCCAUUUGUACUGCCAUUUCUGCGAUCAAAUCAUCUUUCUGUACAUUUUCAGUAGUAGAGAAAAAAGGUUUUAAAAAUUGUAUCCUAGGGAACCGUUCGCCGUAAGUCAGAAUUUUGCAGUUUAGCUCAUAGAUCUCAAUUGGUUUUCAUCUAAAAUACGAGUUUUUAUCAUUGAAGGACCACGAUUUGUUUAGCCACGAUUGGCAACGCUGCAGUUCCUGUAUGAAAAGGCUUUCCUAUUGUCUCAGGCUAGCAGAGGUAGUAGCUUCUUUGACAGCGCUGUUGUAUUUCACUUAUAUAUUAUUGUCUUUUUUAAAAACCCUCUUUCCAUGACUUCAUUUUCACUUUCAUAGAGCAGAGACGAAGUACUUCUUCAAUAUUUCUCAGAUUAUGAUGAAUCCCUGAUAUUUAAAAAAAAAAUCACUAUUAUGACCAAUUUAUUUUCAUUAAAGAACAUAAAUCUUUUUAGCAUUCCUUUCUGCUUAUCUUUCUUUCCUUAUUCUUUCUCCGUGUAUCUCCAUUUGCUUUGCUUUUCGUUCAGGUGGUGGUUGCCAAAUUUUAUUUCUUUAGCAAGCUCUAGAUGUUUCUGUUUACCUUCAUUGAUCUAUGGUUGAUCCCCCAGUAAAAUUUUAAGGCUUGCCUUUCUUCCCUGCUGUUAUAAAAUUUCUUUGGGGGGGGAAAAAAAAGGUAUCCACUGUCGACAAAAGAACCUCCAAACCUAUAGAAAAAUGUUGUAAGAAUUUAUUUGAGCCCAAUUUUUGAGAAAAUACUCAGAAGCAAAGUCUCAAUGGAUUAAGAGAAUCCCGUGGAGAGUGGCAGUUUUCCAGUUCUUGUUAUUCCUUUAGAAUUAAAGGAGAAACAGGAAUUUAUGGUCCAACCAUCCUGUGUGGUUAGUUUUGGUCACAGCGCAUGUGUCAGGUCUGCCAUGUCGCCCCCUGAGCUUGUCAGGUUCAUUACAUAGCCCCUUUCCAUCCACACCUUGGUACUUACUUGUAGCUACACAUAUUUAAGAGCUAAAUGUCUCUGAGGUUAGUUUGUCUCUAGUGUGCCCUGAAUGAAUGAGGCUUCACUCUGCCCGUUCACCGCCCCUUACAGGAGUUCCGAUGCAAAGAAACCUCGCCUCCCCGCACUCCUAGUCAAAUGAGGGACGCGGGGAGAUCAGCCGGGCACACAAGGCCACGCGCAAUAGCCUCCCUGUGUUGACUCGUUCCCUGUCUGUAACUGCUGUGUCCCGAGCACUAGCCAUUUAAUUUCCAUCAGGCCUGGGAGUAGUUCAGUUGUUUGACAAGAGGAAAACAUGGUUGAAAGCCUCGAAUAAAGUGUCUUGCAGCUUGUAAAAGCAAUUUCCAAAAAUGGAACCCAUCCAUCAUCAACAAAAGCACAAACACAUGUAGCAGUUUACAGUACGUUUGGUUUAAUCUCAAUUAGUCUUUCUCCCCUGGACUAGAAAUCCAGUCUAGUUUGCCAUUAAUUUAUUGAAUCUGGUUUCGGACAAUGCUUCUGUAGUGUAGCUGCACGUCCCAGUACUGUCCUCUGACAUUUUCCACGUGUUACAAAAGGAUUAAAAAAAAUUUUUUUUUGAGAUUACGCUUGCAUACGCUCUAAUUUGCACAGUUCACAGCUACUACUUGUGCAGUAAUUGCUUUAUGCAGCUGUAAUCCAUAACCUGUGAAGACAGCACAUCAUCUAAAUCCCAUUCCAAAUAAUAUCUCUGUGUAGUGAUAGCUGUGAAUUUACCCUGUACAGCUGUAUCUCUAUAAAUAUAAUUCCAUGUAUUAAUAGUCACAGAAAGACUGUAAGUGAGCAACUAUUUUUAUGAAACGCACCACUAUGGAUAAAUUAACUUUUACAGAAAUCUUGUUUACUGUAUGAUAUUCUAAAACACUGUCAAAUAAAAUAUAUAUCCAAAAAUCUUUUCUUUUUCCAACUA